GAAUUGGCAAGGAUGGGGUUAACUCCCCAUCCUAAUUGAACAUGGGAAGAAUGUAGCAGGUAGUUAGGAGUUAACCUAGUUGCCUAGUUAACUCCUAGCCACCUGGUACAUAAGGACCCCGCUCCACCUGUGUAGGGGUGGAGUAGUUGAGGGAGGGAGGGAAAAAAACAAACACAGUAAGAUGAUUGCUACCUUUAUUGUGCUACGUAUAGGUACUUGUUUGUGUUUGUUUGUGUUUGCUUUGCUCGCAUCAUACCACACACCCCUCUCAGCCAUCCUGUCACAGGGAUUAUAAAUCUUAUUAGUUCUAUAACGUGUAGGAUCUUGCCUAAAUCACUUGCAUUUGCAUUGGGUUACAGUUUACACUUCAUUUGUGAUCUGAUUAUACACGGUUAACAUCAGCCAGAAAGGGAAAUACAGGGCUGUUGAAAAACACCUUCCCUCUGGGACCAUGCUAUUUGGCAUGGACAAAGUUCAGCUUUUCUUGUUGUGUCUUAUAAUAAUUUUGUGGAAUACCAUUCUUGCAACAGGAAAUCCAAACAUUGUAACAGAAUAUGGAAAAGUGAUGGGAAAGCAAGUGAGAGUGAAAGAAUCGGACAGGAUUGUCUACGCUUAUCUGGGGAUUCCCUUUGCAGAACCGCCAGUGGACAAACUCAGAUUUGCUCCACCACAGCCACCCAAAGCAUGGAAUGGAACGAGGAAUGCUACUGCAUACCCCCCACUAUGCUUACAGAACUUCAGUCACGGAAAGCAGCUUUCAGAUUUCUAUCUGGGGAGAUUUCCUCCACAGGCAACCUCAGAGGACUGUUUGUAUCUGAAUAUAUACACCCCUGUGAAGCCUGCAGAACAGGUUCAACUACCUGUGAUGGUGUGGAUCCACGGAGGGGGGUUUGUUCUCGGAGGGGCUUCUCUCUAUGACGGUUCUUCUCUGGCAGCCUUUGGCAACGUGGUGGUUGUUCUAAUUCAAUACCGGCUCGGUAUACUGGGGUUUUUAAGCACUGGAGAUAGCUACGCCCCGGGGAAUGUGGGGCUCCUGGAUCAGGUGGCGGCUCUGCAGUGGUUGCAGGAGAAUAUCCAGAGCUUCGGAGGAGAUCCCAAGGAUGUGACUUUAUUCGGGGAAUCCGCUGGAAGCACUUGUGUGUCUUUGCAUGUUCUGUCUCCUUUGUCAUCAGGCUUGUUCCACAAGGCUAUCAGUGAAAGUGGGGUAGCUUUCUCUUCUCUCCUAGAAAGAGAUCCCAAACCAAAAGCACAGAGACUUGCCAGGUCUGCUGGCUGUUCUGCAAUUGAUUCUGUGUCAGUCGUCGAGUGUUUCAGAAAUAAAACUAGUGAGGAGAUAGCACGUGUUUCUCCAGGAAUGGGAGAAAUGGCAGUGACUCCUGUGCUGGAUGGAAUAUUUCUACCCAAAGAACCCGAAGAGCUCUUACAAACCAGGAAGUUUAACCGUGUACCAUAUUUACUGGGGAUUAACAACCAUGAAGUCGGCUGGCUAAUUGCUCAUUAUUUACUACCACCUGGUUGGAAAAGUGGAAUUCCAAAGAAUAUUUUUCUAAUGGUGAUGGCUGGACUUCUACAGAAAAUGACAGUUCCCCAGGAAGCCAAUGGGAUUAUUGCAGAGGAGUACUUGGGUGAAAUGGAGGAUCCAGUCGGAAUAAGGGACGCUCUUCUCGAUCUCUUAGGAGAUUUAUUAAUGGUGAUGCCAGCUGUCAAAACAGCAAGAUAUCAUAGAGAUGCUGGCCUCCCAGUGUACCUCUAUGAGUUUCAGCACCGCCCCAGUGUGUAUGGGGACAGCAGGCCUGAAUUUGUGAAAGCUGAUCAUUUUGAUGAGGUUGGCUUUGUGUUUGGAGCUCCCUUCUGGACUGAAGAUAUUGUCAUGCUGGCUAAUACUACUAAAGCAGAAAGGCAGUUAAGCAAAACGAUGAUGGCAUAUUGGACCAACUUUGCUAAGAAUGGGGACCCAAAUGGGGAUGGCCUAACAGAGUGGCCGCUCUACAAAGAGGAUGAAGUGUAUAUGGGACUCAAUCUGAAUGUGAAGCCAGCAAGGAAAUUAAGGGAUUCCAGGGUGAAGUUUUGGCUAAAGACUUUCCCUGAAAAAAUGGCCAAAUUGAAUGAUGCAAUGGUCCAUGCUGAGCUGUAAUAUUUGUAUUAAAUUGUUUGGUGGAGUGGUGCAAGGAAUGGAAUAUUAUAUCUCGGCUGCAAGUGUAUAUAAUGAAAAGCGCCUCUAUUAAAAUCAUUAAAAAGAAGAAAAAAAAGAAUAGUGUACCAUUUACAUUUAGACAAUAUAACUCAGUGGGGAAAAUUAUUAAAAACCCAGCAUGUUUUAAUAUGUAUAGUUGUAACCAGCACAAAUGGAGAUACAUACUAGCUGCCUAGCUGAAUUUAAAUGGUAAUACUUGUAAUGCUGCAGUGAAACCCUUCACGGUAUCACUCUGUGUGUUUUUUCUUUGGCCUUUUAUAAUGCAGAAACUAUAUGGGAAUGCUGGCUUAGUGUGUGUUACUUUGAUGUCAUAUAUGUCUACAUAUAUAUUAAAAGAGAGGCUUAAAAUCAAUUA